CACUUUGAAUUUCAUUCAGUCGUGCAUUUCUUAGACAACGAUACAGAAACGACCUGCUUGUCGCGCCACAAACACAAGUGUCCGGAUCUCCUUGAAAGUUUUUCGGAUUUGGAUUUUUUUUUUUUGGUUUUGAAUUUUGUAUGUUUGCGUUACAUUUUCAAUUGAUCUGUCGCGUAGUUUUUCGAAAAGAGUUGUAGCCGUUGAAAUUGGUUUAGUUUUCUUUUAAAAAGAACAUUUUCUUCAAAUUUUAAAGAAAAUAAAAAUAACAUCAAAAAUAAAUAAAAAAGUUGUGAAGUGAAAAUAAAUCAGUUCUAAUUGAAAACAAAACUUUGGUAUAGGCAAAGCGGAGCGGCACACAAAUCAAAAACAGAUAUUUGUAAUUAAAUUAAUGGUGUGAUCCUGUUUGUUGUGGAGUGUGAAAUAAAUACAAAAUGGAAAUUACAAGAUAUCUUACAUUACUGGGUAUUGUGGCAAUCGGUACCAUAAUGUUCUAUGCCACACCAGCUGAGGGAUGUAUGUGCGCACCAAGCCAUCCACAGACACAUUACUGUACUGCAGAUUAUGUUGCUCUCAUUCGGGUUAUGCGCAAAUCCUCCAAAUUGGUAGCUGGCAAAAUCGUAUACAAGGUGGAAGUGAAAAAAUCCUAUAAAAUGACCCCUGAAGGUCAGAGGACAUUGAAACAUGGUCGGAUUAUGACCUCUGCCCAUGACAGUAUGUGCGGCGUGAAUUUGCAACUGGGUCGCCUAUAUAUAAUUGCCGGCAGAGGUGAUCAAUUGAAUUUGUGUCAUUAUGCAAAGGAAUACAAGAAGAUGAGCAUUAUUGAGAGGACCGGAUUCACUGGAGCCUAUAAGAAAGGAUGUGCAUGUGAGAUAUCGCCCUGUUUCGGUAAUCGUUGCCUCGACGGCCCCACCAAACCCAACUCCUGCCAAUGGUCACCAUUUGCCAAAUGUGAAACCGAUUACAGUGCCUGUAUGCCGACGAAAACGCGAUCACCAUUCUCAAUUGGCGACCCCACGAUCAAGUGUCGCUGGCGAAGAACCGUCCAAUAUGACGAAUGUAGAAUGAAUCCAUAAAAGGUUAUCCGAGUGGGAAGGGAAUUGGGAGAGAUUUCUAUGCGAAUCUUCAAUAUGUGCCAAAAACACGCAUCAUCCGUUGUGUCCAUGUGUUUUACAAAAACAAACAAUUUGUUUUGUCUAUCCAUUAGUUGUAGUCGUAAAUAUUGUGUAAAAUUUUA